AUGGAGCUUGACGUCGAAGUGGUCUCCCAUGAGAUUGUGACGCCAUCGUCCCCGACGGCAGACGGACUUCGCCGCUACCAACUAUCGUUCCUUGAUCAACUAAACCCCUUGCUCUAUAACUCUCUGGUCUAUUUUUAUCCGAAAAUAUGUGACACCGACGCCGAUAAAAUCACGAUUUCCGAUCGGUUAAAGCGAUCCAUUUCCAGUGCUUUGACGUAUUUCUACCCGUUGGGUGGUCGGAUGACGGAGGACCAACUGUUCGUUGAUUGUAAUGAUGAAGGGAUACCCUUUGUGGAAGCUCGAGUGAACUGCAAACUUUCCGAAGUUUUGAACAAGCCAGUCCCGAAGGAGCUCAACAAGUUGCUUCCUUUCGAAAUCCAUGGAGACCAUAAAAUUCUCCUCGGAAUCAAACUCAACGUUUUCGACGGCGGCGGGAUAGGGAUCGGGGUGUGUGUUUCCCACAAAAUCGGAGACGCCCUUUCGUUCUUCUCGUUUGUGAAAACAUGGGCAGCCAUUGCUCGUGGGGAGACGAUGUUGAUCGGCCCGGAAUUCAAAUCAGCCUCUCUUUUUCCACCACGGGAUCUCAAGGGAUUCACACCAAGAAUCAGUCAGUUGAAGAUCGAACAACUUGUAACGAAGAGGUUCGUGUUUAGUACCACCAAAGUGGAGGAGAUCAGAAGAAAAUAUUCCGAGAAAAAUACCCAAACACGCCCGACUCGCGUCGAGGCCUUAUCGGCGUUCAUCUGGGACCGGUUGACUACUUCCAUUAACGUAAGAUCGAAACCCAACACGCUGUUCAUGAUUAAUCACAUGGUGAACAUACGUCCAAGAAUCGAACCCCCUUUGCCGGAGUAUUCAAUCGGAAACUUUUUUAGCUUUUCACUGACGAUCCCAUCAAUGGAGGACGGUAACCUCGUUUCCCAGAUGAGAGACUCCAUAAAAGCAGUGAACAAUGAGUACGUGAAGAAGCUCCGAGAUGGAUAUAAUCACUUGGACUGCUUUAAAGAGAAGACAGCGAGUUAUGGAAAAUGCGAGAUCGUUGCGUUUACUUUCACGAGUUUAUGCAGGUUUCCUCUAUACGAAGCUGAUUUCGGUUGGGGGAAACCCAUUUGGGCAGGCUCCAGUGAUCGGGAAAUCAAUAACGUGGCUACUUUCAUGGACACCAUAACCGGUGAUGGGAUCGAGUCUUGGAUUACCCUAAAAGAGGAAGAAAUGGAGAAAUUCGAUUCGGAUGAGGAAUUGCUUGCAUAUGUUGAUGCUCCAAAAAGCUUGUAAGGAUUAUUUACUUGUUGUAUGU